UGAUCUUACUCGGAACUAUCUCAGCGGCCAAAUUCCUCCAGAAUGGGGCUCUACGAAUCUCGUCAGCAUUUACCUUCUUGGAAAUCGGUUGACGGGUUUGAUUCCAGAGGAGAUUGGGAAUAUCACUACUCUGGAGAAUUUUAAUGGAUUUGCAUGCAUAGGGUCCUGGGAAUCAAUCAGCUGUCGAGAAGCAUUCCUCAGGCGCUAGGAAAUUUGCCCCAGAUACAGAGAUUACAUCUUACAUCAAACAACUUUUCUGGAGAGUUGCCAAUGUCACUGGGAAAGCUGACCACAUUGAAGGAAUUUCGAGUUGGUGACAAUAGCUUCUCUGGGCCAAUACCAAAUUUCAUACGUAAUUGGACAAAUCUUACUAAAUUAUUCAUUCAGGCAAGUGGAUUGAGUGGACCCAUUCCUUCUGACAUUGGACUAUUGACAAAGUUAUCUGACUUGAGAAUCAGUGACUUGAGUGGAGCAUCAUCACCCUUUCCAUCCCUUGGUAAUUCGAAAGAAUUGACAAUUCUGGUAUUGAGAAGUUGCAACAUCUCUGGAAGGCUGCCCAACUAUCUGGACAGGAUGCCAUCAUUGAAAAUCUUAGACCUCAGCUUUAACAGUCUAAGUGGACGAAUUCCAACCAGAUUUGAUGCUCUUAAAGGGUUGGAUAACAUACUUUUAACUGGAAACAUGCUAAAUGGAUCGGUGCCUGAUUGGAUGUUGAAAGGGAAUGGCAUUGAUCUUUCCUAUAAUAAUUUUACAGUCAGUGUUGCUGGGGAAAGUUGCCGGUCCCAAAAAGUGAACCUCUUUGCAAGCUCGUCACAAGAGGAUUAUGGAGUUCUUUCAUGUUUAGCUGGCACUUCCUGUUCAAAAUCUUGGUACUCUCUUCAUAUAAAUUGUGGUGGGAAGGAAGAAACCAUAAAUGGAACUACAGUUUUUAAAGGAGACCGAAAUGCGGGCAGCUCUAUGUUUUUUGUCACUGGAACAAAUUGGGCAAUCAGCAACACUGGUAUUUUUUUGGAUGAUGAUGGUGCCUCUCGAGAUGAAUACACCGCAACAAAUUCUUCUACUCUUUCUAUGAUAAAUCCUGAACUGUAUACUACUGCUCGUGUUUCUCCAUUAUCUGUUACUUACUUUGGGUUCUGUAUGGGAAAUGGAAACUACACUGUAAGCCUCCAUUUUGCAGAGAUAAUGUUUACUGAUGACAAGACAUUCAGUAGUCUCGGCAGACGCAUAUUUGAUGUUUAUCUUCAGAAAAAGCUGGUGCUAGAGAAUUUCAAUAUUGUGGAUGCAGCAGGUGGCGUAGGUAAAGCAGUCAUAAAAAAAUUCCCAGUUACUGUGGUGAAUGGAACUGUGGAGAUCCGCUUCUAUUGGGCAGGGAAGGGGACGAAUGCCAUCCCUGUGAGUGGAGUCUAUGGUCCUCUUAUAUCCGCCAUUUCAGUAGAUCCUGACUUUGAACCUCCAUUUGAUGGUGGAGGAACUGGGAAAUCUGGUAUACCUGUAGGUGCAGUGAUCGGCAUCGCAGCUGCUGCGGCUUUUGUUGUAUUAUUGGCCGUUGGAAUCCUGUGGUGGAGCAUAUGCCUACGACGUGAAAGGACACUUGAACAAGAGUUACGAGGUUUGGACUUGCACACUUGCUCUUUUACAUUAAGGCAAAUAAAAGUUGCCACAAACAACUUUGAUGCCGCCAAUAAGAUUGGAGAAGGUGGUUUCGGUCCUGUCUAUAAGGGUGUUCUUGCGGAUGGCACAACAAUUGCAGUAAAGCAACUGUCUUCUAAAUCAAAGCAAGGAAACCGUGAAUUCGUGAAUGAGAUUGGCAUGAUAUCUGCUUUGCAACACCCACAUCUAGUCAAGCUUUAUGGAUGUUGUAUUGAAGGGAAUCAGCUUCUGUUAGUAUAUGAAUACAUGGAAAACAAUAGCCUUGCCCAUGCCUUGUUUGGUCAAGAAGAAAGUGAAUUAGAAUUGGAUUGGUCAACAAGACAAAAGAUCUGUGUUGGUAUAGCAAGAGGUAUGGCUUAUCUUCAUGAAGAGUCAAGACUAAAGAUUGUCCACCGAGACAUCAAAGCUACUAAUAUUCUGUUAGACAAAGAUCUAAACCCCAAGAUAUCUGACUUCGGCUUGGCCAAACUUGAUGAAGAAGAAAAUACUCAUAUAAGUACUCGAAUUGCUGGAACUUUUGGAUACAUGGCGCCAGAAUAUGCUAUGCAAGGACACUUAACUGAUAAAGCAGAUGUUUAUAGUUUUGGAGUUGUAGCUUUAGAAAUUGUUAGCGGAAGGAGCAACACCACUUUAUGGGCAGCUAACGAUUGCUCUUAUCUUCUAGACUCGGCACUGAAGUUUAAAGAAAAGAACAGUUUAUUGGAGCUAGUUGAUCCAAGGUUAGGCUCCAACUUCAAUGAAGGAGAGGCACUGAGAAUGAUCAAAAUUGCUCUCCACUGCACUAAUGUCUCUCCUGCAGCAAGGCCUAACAUGUCAUCAGUAGUGAGCAUGUUGGAAGGCAGGCAGGAAAUUGAGGACGUAGUGUCAAAUCCAAGCGUCACUAAAGAAGCAAGAAAUGCAGCAUGGACUCGAUUGUUGCAAGACGACGAGCAAUCUAAUAAUGCAAACCAGAAGCAUGGUCUGUUUGCUAAUGUUUCGACAACAGGUUCUUCAACCUCUGGAAGCGAUCUCUAUCCGAUCAGCGUAUCUCAGUACUUGAACAACAGAGAUACUAUAAUAUGAAUUGCAUGCUCUCGCAAGUGAUUUGUUUCAAUUGCACAGGGAAAAGUGCCGCUUUUCUUCUCUGACAAAUUGCAAUUACCUUCCUAGAUGUUUUUUUUAGAAAAACAUAGAUUUGGCUUA